AUGCCUCCUCACGCGCCUUCCUUCGAGAAGAGCUGCUCCGGCGACCGGCAAAGACAGGAGGCAGGAGGGCAGCUGCUGCGAGGCCCGGGGCAGCGGUGGUCGUCGUUCCACGGGCGCGGGGCGGAGCAGCGGCACCAGCUGCCAAAGCAGAGGCCCAAGACGCAGCCGGACCUGCUCGCCGGCGUGAGGGGCAGGAGCUUCCGCGCCGCGGACGGCGGCGAGCCGCUGGCCGAGCUGGCGGUCCGGAGGACGCCGGGCAAGGUGCUGGUGAACGUGACCGUGCAGAGGAGCCUGUGGCCGCUGCACGUCAUGGCGUCGGCGGACUGGAGCGUGGCGGACCUUGUGGCCGCCGCCGUGGGGAUUUACGUGAAGGAGGGCAGGCGGCCCUUGCUGCCGGCGACCGACCCGUCGACCUUCGGCCUACACUACUCCCAGUUCAGCUUGGAAAGUAAGUCUGUUGCAUCUGAAGCCCACGGUACCAUCUGUUUUUCAUUCCAGAAUUGCACCGCACAACUAUCAAAGUGGAAAGUCAACACAAUUACACAAAAUACUAGUAUUAGCCAAGCUGGCGAUAUGCCGGCACGAACUCUAUUUGAGAAUAGCCGGCGAGAUGAAGCAGAUCAUUUGUUUCCUCACAAAACCCCUGAACAUAUUCAGCAAGCGAUGCAUGGGCCCACUGAGAGUGUCAAGUCGGUCGCAACAACCAUUAAUCUUUAG